AUGCGCAACUACUCAUCAAAGCUGGGUGUACCAAAAUCCGAAUUGAUACAACUGGACCACGUGUACGAAUUUGAGAAGCAACUUGCAAUACGUAUGGAAGAGAGAAGUGAAAGGGAUCCGGAAAAGAAUUAUCACGUCACCUCACUGAACAAUCUCAGCACUAUCUGUCCAAUAAUGCACUGGGAACUUUUGGUCACUGAAGUUCUGAAGCCUGUGAAUCUGACCAUCUCACCAGACGAUCCGAUUGCUUUCAGUGAUUGGGACUUCUUCAAAAACCGCUGCCGCCUCUAUGAAGAGUAUCUAAGUAACGAUACUGGAAUCAAGUGCGUUUCGCUUCUGGAGAUAAGCCACAAUUCACCAUGCUGUCACUUGCUAAAUUGA